UGGUUAUAUAUAAAAUAAAAUCAUUAGAUGAGAAAAAAAGGAAAACAACCAGAGAAACCCUAAUCCCCAAUUCAGCGAUUCGAAUCGAGGAGCAAAGAUGAUGCGGAACAUGUUUGCUAAGAAGUAUUCUGGCAGAUGGACUCACUGUCGCGAUUUCACCACCUCGCUAUCCUCUUCCUCGACCUCCUCGAUCUUUGAACGUGUAUGGGACAAGCAGUCAACUGACUUUGUAGACAGAACAGCUCGCAGGGAGAAAUUGAAUAUAAUGAUGGAAGAGCAUGAAAAGUAUUUUGAUGCGGUGUUGGAUAGAUGUUACAGUCCCCGGCUCGUCGAUCCUAAACUUUAUCCCUCCCAGAACAACCAUGCCCGCGCCGCCAGCAAGACAAACUCUCAGGCAACCAUGCCCGCGCCGCAAGACGAACUCAGGCAACCAUGAUCUUGCCGCAUGAUCUAUAUAUCAGUAUCUUUUGUUUUCGUGUUUUGAGGAUAUAUAAACAUGUUUCAGUAUUACUUUCAACUAUCAUGCUUGGACCAAUCUUCUCUUUGUAUUUUGUCUCUUGUCGAAUUCCUCCUUUAUGUGUUGUGUUUCGUCUAAGAUUGCUGCAAAAUUUGUGCGAGUCUUUCCA